AUGGCGGAGAAGGGCCUCACGGCUACUCCAGAAACUCCUCCAGCCAGGACCCGCAAACUCAUCCAGGAGGCAAUAGCUGAGCAUCUCGACAUCGAAGCAUUUUCUUCCUCCAGAGCCUUUCUCAUUGCCGAUCUCGGUUGCUCGGUUGGGCCCAACACAUUCUACGCUGUGAGCAACGUUCUUCAAGUAGUAGAGCAGAAGUGCCAAUCCCUAGGACUCGACUCUCAAAUCCUUGAAUUCCAAGUAUUCUUCAACGAUCAUGUGGGGAAUGCUUUCAACACCCUCUUCAGAUCACUCCCACCAGCCCGACGAUAUCAUGCAGCCAGUGUGCUGGGUUCAUUCUACGGCCGCUUAUUUCCCAAAAUCCGUCUCCACUUUCUUUACUCUUCCUUCGCUCUUCAUUGGCCUUCAGGAGCUCCAAAAGAAGUUCAGGACAAGAGCUCUCCAGCCUGGAAUAAAGGCAGGAUAUUUUACCCCAAUGCCAACAAAGAAGUCAUCAAAGCAUACGCAGCACAAUUCGCUAAGGACAUGGAGGUUUUUCUUUGUGCUGGAGCGCAAGAAGUUGUUCUUGGAGGACUAAUGGUGCUUACCUUUAUCACCCGUCCUGACGGAGCUCCUCAUUCUCAAGUUUUUAUCAACAUGUCUUUAGAUUUGUUGGAAUCUUGCCCCAUGGACAUGGUCAAGAAGAUAAAACAAAUGAUGUUAGUCGAGUCCUGCUAG